CGUGCGAGUUUGUUCCCGUUUAUUAGUGUCGAGGUAGUUCUUGAUUGGUGCAUGUGAGGUAGUUCUUGAAUGGUGCAUGUUGAAGUUUCCUUCGUUCGGACCGCCAGGAGAAUUUUCAGACCUACAUGAAACCGACAUGCCAAUGGAAACAAUUGGCCCUGAUCCUGGUGAUCCUGUCGGCGCUGAUCCCGCCAAACCGAGGAAAAGGGAAUGGAUGGCCGUUUAUGAGUCUGAGAAACUCGAACCUGAAAAUUCAAAAGGGAACGCUCCUGUUAACGGGGCAUUCGCGGCUCAUGCUGGCCCUUGACGAGAAAACACUGGUGCGGAUGCCUUGGAGACACCGGAGCAACCAGAAGUACACGUGGCUCAUCAAAAUCACACUUCCGGUGCCCGAAACCUCGAUUAGUCGCGCCAUCAGGAUAGAACCUGCUGGCUUUGAUCCAGUCAGGGCGGUGGAACUGGCGAAGCUCAUGCUAGGAAAGAAACUCCCGUACAAGGCUAAACUCCAGACCGAAAAAGAUUGGAUCUAUUACAUUUGCUUCAGCAGGACUCCGAACCCCCUGUGCUGCCCGUGGUGUCUGCAGAAUCGCCCACUGACCAGCGCCGAGAUUAAGGAAGGAUUCUACUCCAAGGACCACAGUGGCAACCUUUUAAGGGCCAGCGAACUCGCACCACUCCCUAAGGCUAUAGAAUGGGAGUGGAGUACGGAAAACUGGUCCAAUAAAUUCACCUUUCCUCCCGAUGAGAUAUAAGUGAUUAGUAGGCCCAUGAUAGCGACAAGCAAACCCUGUAAAGCUUCGUAGCUGGUGCUCAGAUCCUCACCCAAAGAUUAUAGUGCAACGGAAUUUUGCGAUAAAAUUCAAGUGAAUGCAAUUCAAAUUCAAAAAUGCAUCAAAUUAAAUCCAA